UUAUGGAAAAGUUGUAGCACGGUGACGUUGUAUUUUCUAUAUGCGAUUUGCUUAAGUUUAGUGUGCUUUUGGCAUUCAGAGAAUAGUGAUCGUUGUAGUUCUAGUUCGUGGUUAGAUAGCUCAGAUUUUAGAAAAAAUGGCUUUACGUUUGGUAUGCAUUAACCCCGCUUUCAGCGUUAUGGGUCAAACCUUUGUACGUGCCAUGUCCAGCCAAGGUGGCUCCAAGAACAUUGGUUUCGUCGGUUUGGGCAAUAUGGGCGGUCACAUGGCCUCGAACUUGAUGAAGAAGGGUCACAAAUUGCAUGUCUUUGACAUCUCCAAGCCCGCCUGCGACAACAUGAAGGCCAAGGGUGCCACCGUCUAUGAAAAGACCACUGAAUUGGCUAAGAACUCCGACUUUGUCAUCACUAUGUUGCCCAACAACGAUAUUGUCCAAAAAUCCUACGAAGAAAUGACUGCUGAUGGCGUUAACAAGGAUACCAUUUUCAUUGAUUCCUCCACCAUUGAUCCCACUUUGGUCAAGCAUUUGCAAAAGAUGAUCAGCGGCAAGGGUGCCCGUUUCAUUGAUGCCCCCGUUUCCGGUGGUGUACCCGGUGCUGAACAAGCCACUUUGACCUUCAUGGUUGGUGGUACCAAUGAGGAAUACAAUGCCGUCAAGAACGUUUUGGAAUGCAUGGGCAAGCGCAUCACUCACUGCGGUGACUAUGGUAUGGGUCAAGCCGCCAAAUUGUGCAACAACAUGAUGUUGGGUAUCUCUAUGCUUGGUCUCGCCGAAGCCAUGAACUUGGCCAUCCGUUUGGGUUUGAACCCCCAGACCUUCUCCGACAUCAUCAACUCCUCCACUGGUCGCUCCUGGGCUUCUGAAAUCUACAACCCAGUACCCGGUGUCUCCCCCACUGCCCCCGCCAACAACGACUACAAGGGUGGUUUCUCCACUGACCUUAUCACCAAGGAUUUGGGUUUGGCCUCCGGUGUUGCUACCUCCACCAACACUCCCAUUCCCAUGGGUGCCAUGGCUCACCAAAUGUACCGUACUCUUAAGGCUCAUGGUUUGGGCAACAAAGAUUUCUCUGUUAUCUACGAUUUCUGGAAGAACACCAAAUACAACUAAAUUAUAUAAGUGUUAUGAAAGCGAGAACUUAAUUUGUAUCUAGUGCUUCCAAAGCAAUCCGGACCAUUUGUAACCAGAUGUGCAUUUAUAAUUUAAGCAUUUGUAAGAUUUUUUUCUAUAUGUUUAGUGUAAUAAACAAGGAAUAAACAACAAGGAUAAAAGAUAUUAAUGAUAAACUGAAAUAAAAAAAAAUAAAAUUAAUGUAGAUAAAAACAAUUAAA